AUGGAGCCAUCACCUGCCCCACAGAUCCAUCACCUGCCCCAGGGAACCAUCACCUGCCCCACAGAUCCAUCACCUGCCCCACAGAUCCAUCACCUGUCCUACAGAACCAUCACCUGCCCCACAGAUCCAUCACCUGCCCCACAGAUCCAUCACCUGCCCCAGGGAACCAUCACCUGCCCCACAGAUCCAUCACCUGCCCCACAGAUCCAUCACCUGUCCUACAGAACCAUCACCUGCCCCACAGAUCCAUCACCUGCCCCACAGAACCAUCACUUGCCCCAGGGAACCAUCACCUGCCCUAUAGAACCAUCACCUGCCCCACAGAACCAUCACUUGCCCCAGGGAACCAUCACCUGUCCUACAGAUCCAUCACCUGCCCCACAGAUCCAUCACCUGCCCCAUGGAGCCAUCACCUGCCCCACAGAUCCAUCACCUGCCCCAUGGAGCCAUCACCUGCCCCAGGGAACCAUCACCUGCCCCAUGGAGCCAUCACCUGCCCCACGGAACCAUCACCUGUCCUACAGAACCAUCACCUGCCCCAUGGAACCAUCACCUGCCCCACAGAUCCAUCACCUGCCCCAGGGAACCAUCACCUGCCCCAGGGAACCAUCACUUGCCCCACAGAUCCAUCACCUGCCCCACAGAUCCAUCACCUGCCCCAUGGAGCCAUCACCUGCCCCAGGGAACCAUCACCUGCCCCACAGAUCCAUCACCUGCCCCACAGAACCAUCACCUGCCCCACAGAACCAUCACCUGCCCCACAGAUCCAUCACCUGCCCCACAGAUCCAUCACCUGCCCCAGGGAACCAUCACUUGCCCCACAGAUCCAUCACCUGCCCCAGGGAACCAUCACCUGCCCCACAGAUCCAUCACCUGCCCCACAGAUCCAUCACCUGCCCCAUGGAGCCAUCACCUGCCCCACAGAUCCAUCACCUGCCCCAUGGAGCCAUCACCUGCCCCAGGGAACCAUCACUUGCCCCACAGAUCCAUCACCUGCCCCACAGAUCCAUCACCUGCCCCAUGGAGCCAUCACCUGCCCCACAGAUCCAUCACCUGCCCCACAGGUCACUCACCUGCCCCACAUCGGGACCCACCGUGGCUGAAAAUUUAAUAAAGGAUUCGUUAACGAGGCGUGGGAGUGACUUAAUGAGCGCUGGGGGGAGGGGCUGCCCCCCAAAACCCAUCCUGGCCCCACAGGUGACCCCAUUUUGUGCCCCUCAGGUUUUCCCGCCAUUUUGUGCCCCUCAGGAUUUCCCGCCAUUUUGUCCCCUCACGAUUUCCCGCCAUUUUCUCCCCUCAGGUUUUCCCUCCAUUUUGUCCCCUCAACAAUUUGCUGCCAUUUUCUCCCCUCAGGUUUUCCCGCCAUUUUGUCCCCUCGGGUUUUCCCUCCAUUUUGUCCCCUCAGGUUUUUCCGCCAUUUUCUCCCCUCUGGUUUUCCCCCAGUUUGUUCCCCUCAUGAUUUCCCACCAUUUUGUCCCCUCACGAUUUCCCGCCAUUUUCUCCCCUCACGGUCCCCGCCAUUUUGUCCCCUCAGGUUUCCCCUCCAUUUUGUCCCCUCACGGUCCCCUCCAUUUUCUCCCCUCAGGUUUUCCACCAUUUUGUCCCCUCAGGUUUUCCCGCCAUUUUCUCCCCUCACAUUUUCCCUCCAUUUUGUCCCCUCACGAUUUGCCGCCAUUUUGUGCCUGUCUGCCCCAUAACCAUCCCUGCUUUAAUAAAAUCAUUAUUCUUUGAAUUAAAA